AUGCUAGCUCUCGCUCCUCUCCUCCUGCUCGCCGUGCGUCCUGCCGUCGCCGCCUUUAAUUUGGACACUGUGGUGACGGACUACUGGUAUUACGUGCACAAUCACCUCGCAGCUUCAACCUCGAAAGAAUGUCUGGCCGCCUACAGCGCGACGAUUGACUGCGAUCAGACCCUUCUGGGCAUGGUUUCAUCGGGCAGUCCCAACUUCAACCCAGACGUGGCCGAUGUCGAGAGCAUGUGCUCAACCACAUGCAAGGAUUCGCUUGACUCGUACGUGGAAAAUGUCAAAAAGGCGUGCACGGCGUCUGGUGAUGGUGCCCUUUUGAGCUCCACGGCAAACCCUAGGCCGAAGGUUCCUGUCCAAGUGGUCGGCGAGGUUUUCCAAUAUGAGUAUGCCUGGUCAUGCUCGAAGAACAGUACCGGAUGGUGUUAUUUCAACUGGGGUUACGGUCGAGAUCCGUAUUACGCCCGUUCCGACUUCCCUUGCACGUCCGGAUGUUCGAUCAAGUUCAUGGAGACGGCGCACGAUUACCCCGGCUCACACUAUGUCUUCAUGACCUAUACACUUAGCGAGCGAUCAAGCUGGUGGGAAAAUGUCUUUGACGAAGGAUGGGAGACAGUCCAACAGUGCCGUAAGAACGGGGAUUCGGGUACCAACUCAGCCGUCUCACAGACCAGAACAACAAGUGACGAGGAUCUGUGGGGUUGGGCCUCAACAUCGAACAGAAGGUCUGGUUUGUUUAAUUCAGCUACGGCGAGGACACAAACAGCGACAGCGUCGGAUGAAGAAUCAGGUCCGACGCAAACCGUUACCGAGACACACGAGAACACAGUCACCCAUCAAGUCACAGUUACCGCACCUAGUGGAACUUCAACCAACACUUCUGGGGGUGGGAAGACACAGCAAGCUGGCGCUGCUAUGCUGGCAUUCGGAAUAUAUAUUUCCGUUUCUGCGGUAAUGGGCAUGUUGCUGCUUUGA